UUCCUGUGAGCUUAGCUCCCGUUCAAUUGUACGACGAGCUGUGAGAAAUACAUAUUUGGAAGAACCAGAUAUUUUAUAAAAUCUUCUUGGUGCUACAAAUGUAACCUCCGACUGUUCUAAGGCAGAUAAAACUGACCUUGCGCAGUGCAGAUUUGAGUUUCUGCGUCAUGCGUUAACGGGGUUAAUCCAGAACGUCUUUUCCUUCUCCUAAUACCACCAGACAACCACUGGAUCAACGAUGGGUGAUACCGUUUAUCGUGAAUGAAGAAACUUUUUAACGAAUCUGCUUCAUAAACGUUCACACAUUCAAGAAGCAAAUGUUUUUCCAUUUAAAAAUGGGAGUAGUUGAAGUUGAGUUCAAGUUUCCAGUUUAUUUCUAUGUUUUAAGUUAAGUAAAAAGUACUUACAAACGCAAUGUAUGUCUUUACUGUUGAGAGCAAUGAUACUAUAACUUGUUUGUCAGAGACGUGACAACUAGAGAAAUUUAAGAACAAAUUACAGUUCUGUGUGGCGAUAAUCAGAUGACACGUAACGAAUGAAUGGAAAUAAUCGAUCGUUCUCGGCGGCUGUCGACUGCAACAUAAUAUCGAGAUUAGGGAGCAGAUCGAUUAAUAUAUCCGAGAUAAACGCAAAAAUCAUCACAGCUUAAACUACGUUUGUAAAGUGAUAAUUACUAGAAGAAAUUACCUUCUACCGCAAUGAUUAAAAUAGGAUAACUCUUCAAGAUGCCGACCUUCCUCCUGAAGAUACUACAACUGGUGGUGACGAUUAUUUGCGUAGGCUUGGUGGCGAGCGAAUGGUACGUUGCCGCGUCACCCACCAAAACAGCUGUGGUGAACGGGACCCUCAUCGGAUACAUAAUGCUCUCCACUGUUAUAAUCCUUGGGGUUAUCUUGGAUACUCCAUUAGAUCGCAAGCUGAUCCUGGUUAUCACGCUACCAGGGGCCGUUAUGUUCUUCGCGUCCGGAGCCAUAAUGAUGGAGGCCUGGAACAUCUACGCCGUUCGGUCAGACAAAGUUCUUGGAGCUGGCAUCUUGACCUUCUUGAACGGCAUCGCCUACAUAGCGGACUUUGUGCUUACGUUCUUAAAAUAUCGAUAGCAUCGACGAAUUGAAAUGAGAUUCUUCUGAACAAGGACGGAGUGCAAGGUCUUCGUAAUUUUCAGUCAGAGUUUUAAAUUACAUUUAACAACCCCAAUUUUUUCUCUCCCGCUAACAGUAUUUCUACAAACACACACAAAAAUAUAUAUCACCUCAGAAGAAUCGAAUUGCCUAUUGUGAUAACAUGUCUGUUUAAAUUAUUUUCAUAAUUUAAAUAAACCACUAUAAAAUUCAUAUUUAAUAUUAAAUGCUUAUUCUCUUGAA